GUUUUGUUUCUUUGGCCUCGGUGGUGAGGAAGGUCAGGAAUGUGAUCGAAACAGAAAUGGCAUUCACUAUACAGUUAUACUCUUGCCUGGGCUGCAUUUUUCCCGGUCCUGGAGAAACCCGUCACCAUGUCCUUACCAAAGACUCACAGAGGGCAGGGCUCUGUGACUCCUCAGCAUACUCAUUCGCAUUUGUUGUUGACAACUGUCUGCUUCGACCUCCUUCUCCUCACAACCCCGUCUAAAUGGAGUGUGUAAUCCUCCUUCCCACUCACUCUUUUCACUCCCUGGGGUAGGAAUGUUGGCUCCUGUUCUCUGUCACCUGUCAGAAUCUGUCCUCCUGUCACUGGCUUAUAUGGACAAGUCAGCCUUCUGUCACGUGACCCCAGCUGCUAAAAACAGCCCCAGCUCCCGCUCCAAACCUGGGCCUGAAACAAUGUCCUCCACCAAAAGAAACAUGAAGGACACUUGAUCACACAAUCCUUGGAAUUAUUUCCAGGAAACCCUUGUAGAGACCAUUCGGAGCACCCCUUCCCUGGCGGUGCACACCGUGACGGCUAGGAGAUGAGCGCAUCUUUGAAUUAUAAGUCUUUUUCCAAAGAGCAGCAGACCAUGGACAACUUGGAGAAGCAACUCAUCUGUCCCAUCUGCUUGGAGAUGUUCACGAAGCCUGUGGUCAUUCUUCCCUGUCAGCAUAACCUGUGUAGGAAAUGUGCCAGUGAUAUCUUCCAGGCCUCUAACCCGUACUUGCCCACAAGAGGAGGCACCACGGUGGCAUCAGGAGGCCGAUUCCGCUGCCCAUCCUGUAGGCAUGAAGUGGUUUUGGACAGACAUGGGAUAUAUGGACUUCAGAGGAACCUGCUGGUGGAAAAUAUCAUUGACAUCUACAAGCAGGAGUCCACCAGACCGGAAAAGAAGUCCGACCAGCCCAGGUGCGAGGAGCAUGAAGAAGAGCGCAUCAACAUCUACUGUCUAAACUGCGAGGUGCCCACCUGCUCUCUGUGCAAGAUCUUUGGGGCACACAAGGACUGCCAGGUGGCUCCCCUCACUCACGUGUUCCAGAGGCAGAAGUCUGAGCUCAGUGAUGGCAUUGCUGUCCUUGUGGGAAGCAAUGAUCGAGUCCAGGGAGUGAUCAGCCAGUUGGAGGACACCUGUAAAACUAUUGAGGAAUGCUGCAAAAAACAGAAACAGGAACUUUGUGAGAAGUUUGAUUACCUGUAUGGCAUCCUGGAGGAGAGGAAGAAUGAGAUGACCCAAGUCAUUACCCGAACUCAAGGGGAAAAACUGGAACAUGUCCGUGCUCUGAUCAAAAAGUAUUCUGAUCAUUUGGAGAAUGUAUCAAAGUUGGUCGAGUCAGGAAUCCAGUUCAUGGAUGAGCCAGAAAUGGCAGUGUUUCUGCAGAAUGCCAAAACCCUGUUACAAAAAAUUUCUGAAGCAUCGAAGGCAUUUCAGAUGGAGAAAAUAGAGCAUGGUUAUGAGAACAUGAACCACUUCACAGUCAACCUCAAUAGAGAAGAGAAAAUAAUACGCGAAAUUGAUUUUUACAGAGAAGAUGAAGAGGAAGAAGAAGAAGGAGAGGGAGAAGUAGAAGAGGAAGGAGGAGGAGACAGAGAGGAAGAAGGACAAGAAGAAGAAGAAGAAGUAAAAAUCGAAGAGGUAGAACAUGUUGGAACAGAGCCAUCAGAAGAAGAUGAAAGUCUGGAGAAAGCCUUGGAGCCCUCCCAGCUGGCCUCAGAGGUCCAGGCUGCCCCAGCAACACUUCCUGUUUCCUCUCCAGAGCCACCUCCAGCCCUGCCACCUACUGCAGAUGCCCCAGUAACACAGGGGGAGGUUGUAUCCACUGGCUCUCUGCAGACCACAGAGUCUGAAACUCCAGUCCCUGCAGCAACGGACACUGCGGAUCCCUUGCUUUACCCUAGUUGGUAUAAAGGCCAAACCCGGAAAGCUACCACCAACCCACCUUCCACCCCAGUGAGCGAAGGUCUGGGGCACAUAGGGCCUCCUGGUUCUGAGGAUUCGAGUGUGCAGAAGGCAGAAGUGGCAGAAGCCGCAGCCAGUGAGAGAGCAGCAGUGAGUGGUAAGGAAACUAGUUCACCUGCAGCUACUUCUCAGGCCCAGAGAUGAAUUUCUCCCCACCUUGAGGCUCAGCCACCUAAAAAGAUCCAAGUUCCUAGACAAUACUGUGGCAUGGAGCUCCCACAAUGCAAUCACCUCAAGGCACCUUCCUGAGGAGAAUUGCUCCAUUAUCUAAUCCUGCAUGGAGGGGAUCCUGAUUCAGAAGUGACUCCGUGGGCAAUUAUUCAGUAAUCCAGUGACAAUGGGCCCUCCAAAUGGCCAUUAACUGGGGGAGCAGUUUCAAAAGGCAUCCAUGAUGCUGUGGGAAUUUCCAUAGAUUAAGUAGCAGCAUUUUAUCUGCUUACACCAGAGGGGCCCAGGAGGUGGCCAGAUGACUCCUGUUGGGGAUACAUAGGCAAUUCUUGGUCUAGUGGGCAGUUGGACUAGGUGAUUUCUCAGUUGUCUUUGAACCCUCAGACUCUACAGUCUGUCCUGGGAGAGGCGGGCCCUAACAGAAAAGUUCCCUGGGUACAGCAAUAUCAGGGGGAUUGCAGCCAGGAGAGAUCUGAAUGAGUGAAGAGUCAGAGAUCAAUGUUCACAUACCAGCCGUAAAGAAUUAGAACCAGAGAAAAGUUAUAAAGCCAACAAACAGCAGGUUAUUUUUAAGACAUCUCUCUCAUAGUCAAUCCUUUUCUUGAUUACUGUUGGGAGGUUUGCUCAGGGACUGACAUCUUACUCCUUUAAUAAUCCUUUGAAUGUUACCAGUUUAAUUAAUUAUAUUUAAAGAUUCAAAUCCCAUGAACUUUUAGUAAAUGACCCUGCUGGACCUGAGACCCAGCUCCCUGUGCCUAUAGCUCAGAAGCAACUCAGGGUGACUGUGCUGAAAGGCCUCAGCUAUUUCUGGCUCAUUGACUUUUUACAGGGUUGACACUGACUCUUCUGGAAGCUCCCAUCAUACAGUUCCUUUUUGCCUCAUUAGCUGUCUUCUCAGCAAAGGCAGUGGGAUCUUUGUGGAUUCCUGUCAUGUCUUUAACUGUGUGUGAGUGGGACCUGCCUCCACUGGUUAAUAGUUAGCCAGAAACCUGUGCCCCUAUAGUCUGCUCAGGUGCUUACCUCCUCCUGCUGUCAUUGUUUAUGUGGAAGAGUAGUGGGAGGACGUAUUGGCCAUGGACUCAGUGGGGCAAAAG